CUACGAUAAAAUACGUCCCAUCCGCGACUUGUUUUGUUAGGAUUUUAAAAAUAUAAUUACCACUGUCUUUUUGCCUUUGUUAAAGCAGAAAGGGGGGAUUUGAAGGAGAUUUGGUUGUUAUUUCUACAAAAUCGGAAGACCUCGAGGAGAGCCCCUCCUUUGUACGUUAUAAUUAUUGUGUUGUUUGAUGUUCAAUACAAUUAAAGAUAAAAAUUAAUAUAAUCGCAGGUGUAUCUGACUGUUAUAUUAUUGGGAACUUUUAAUAUGUCACCGCUAUCAUUCAAACGAAAGAAACAUUUAUUAACGACACCGUUUGCUGUGUUUGUGGUUUUAAUUAGUGAGCUAAGGCUAAUUAUAUCAUGUGUGGUAAUUACCUCAUGUUAAGGUGAAAGUUAAUGUUUGUGGAUAACACAGGGGCGACCUACAUGUUUGAGGGUCGGUGUUCCAUUACCUCCGUAAUUAAAUAUUCCAUUUGAUCACAGGUUUGCAUCGUUAAUUGGUCGUUCCCUAUUUUACAGGACAGGGGAAAUGACUUUUAAUCAACAACAAAUCAAUCAACGAACUUUCAUCAUCCUUCUCCAGUUUUCAUUUGGACUUUAUAUCAAACAUUCUACUGGUGAGUAGAAAAUACAUCUACAUUACAUCUGUUCCACACAUGAAAACAGAAGUCUGUGAUAUCUAAGACAAUAAUAGACACUCGCAGACACUUGUCAGCUUUUUUACGAAUUGCUCAAGAAUUAAUAUGGAGAACGUUAAUCACUUGGACACUUCUAACGCAACUGUUUUUAGCAAUAUAGAUACAUUUAGAGAAACAGACCGAAAUCAGAAAGCCGUUGACAAAAAUAUUCCUGAAUAUCGCUGUGAGAUUUGUAGGCAGACAUUCUCUUCAGAAGAUGAAGUCGUCACACACAAAGAAAUACAUAGGAAGGAAAAACUGUUUCAUUGUGAAAUAUGUGGGAAAGCUUUCACCCGGAAUUCUCAUGUUGUAGUUCACAAACGUAGUCACACAGGAGAAAAACCAUUCCAAUGCGAAAUAUGUGAGAAAUCAUUUGUUUCUAAUAGCGUCCUAGCAACACACAGAAGAAUACACACAGGAGAGAAACCCUAUCAUUGUGAAAUCUGUGGGAAAUCUUUUGUCUCUAAUAGUGAUUUGACGAUCCACAAAAGGAUACAUACUGGAGAAAAGCCGUAUCAUUGUGAAAUAUGCGGGAAAAAAUUUGUUAAUAAUAGUAAUUUAACAACACACAAAAGUAUACACAUUGGGGAAUCGCCCUAUUAUUGUGAAAUAUGUGGGAAAUAUUUCGUGAAGAGUAGUAAUCUAACGAGGCAUAAAAGAAUUCACACUGGAGAAAAACCCUUCCACUGUGAAAUAUGUGGGAAAUCUUUCUCUGACAAAUCUAGUCUUGCAUUCCAUGAAAGACAACACACUGGAGAAAAACCAUAUCAUUGUGAAAUUUGUUCAAAAUCAUUCUCUCAGAAAUCUAGACUUGUAGUUCAUGAAAGACUGCACACUGGAAUAAAACCAUAUCAUUGUCAAAUAUGUGAGAAAACUUUUGUCUCAAAUAUUGGUCUAAAAAAACACCUAAGAAUACACACUGGAAUAAACCCUUUCUGCUGCGAAAUAUGUGGGAAAUCUUUCACUCAAAAUUCUAGUCUUCAAAUACACAAACUUAAUCACAUUGGUGAAAAACCUUUUCACUGUGAAAUAUGUGGGAAAUCUUUCAGUCAAAAUUCUAGUCUUCAUAUCCACAAACGUAGUCACACUGGGGUAAAGCCAUAUCAGUGUGACAUAUGUGGGAAGUCUUUCACUCAAAAUUCUAGUCUUCAUAUCCACAAACGUAGUCACACUGGAGAAAAACCUUACCAUUGCGAAAUAUGUGGGACAUUGUUUGUGUCUAGCAGUGACUUAACAAGGCACAUAAGGAUACACACUGGAGAAAGACCUUUCCACUGUGAAAUAUGCGGAAAAUCUUUCUCUCAGAGUUCUAGUGUUGUUAUCCACAAACGAAGUCACACUGGACAAAAAACCCUAUUAUCCUAGAAUAUGGAGGAAAUUGUUUGUCAGUUGUAGCAAAAUGACAAAACACAAAAGGAUUCACCCUCAAUGGAAACAUUUUCAAUUGUGAAAUAUAAUAAAUGCAUUUUUUUUUUUUUUUGGAGAACAUUUUAUGAUAAUGAAAUUAUGUUAGAAAUCAUUUUCUUUGUUCUGUUCUUGUAAUAGACAAAUAUCAUCUGAAGUGAGAUGCGUUCACUGUUUAUUUUAGAUUGAGACACAAUUUUAUCAACCACAAAGAGAAAAAUACAGGUAUCAAAUUCUUCAUCAGCAUUUUCAUGUCUACCUUUCCAUGCUUCGAUGGAUCAGGUAGAUUUUUUUCCUCUGUGGUCUGGUGACUUUCUUGCUGCCAUUUUUUCCCACUGCUACUGAGUAAUAUUUCUUCUUGACCAAUCAGAUUUUCAGGUAAGAGUAGAAACGAACGACACUUCCUGUAUACACUCACAACUACAAUUCUAUAUCAAGACAAAGAGAAACACAUUUAUACAGUUGAUGGGCUUCCUUCAGUUUCUAUCUUUCACAGCUACUCACAAAUCUUGUAGACUUAUGUAAUUAUCGUAAACGGACACAGGCAAGGCUGUGUGGUAAGAAACUUGCUUCCCAACCAUAAUGUUCCAGGUACAGUCCCCUUUUGUGGCACCUUGACUGGCUGUGUGAGUGGAUUUGGUAGACAGAAACUGAA